CUGUACUCUACUGAACUGUACCCUACUCUAUUGUACUGUGCUCUACUGAACUGUACCCUACUCUAUUGUACUGUACUCUACUGAACUGUAACCUACUCUAUUGUACUGUGCUCUACUGAACUGUACCCUAAUAUAUUUUAUAUAUUUUUAUUUUCCCUUUAUUUAACUAGGCAAGUCAGUUAACCUUUUCAAUGAUGGCCUAGUAACCGUGGGUUCACUGCCUUGUUCAGGGGCAGAAUGACAUAAUUUUACCUUGUCAGCUCGGGGAUUCGAUCUUGCAACAUUUCGGUUACUUGUCCAAUGCUCUAACUAUUUGCACUAUGCUCAACUGAACUGUAGAUCCAAACCCUGUGUUCCCCGAAGAGACAGUUGCUCUGAUGUGUUCAGUAGGGUCUGACUGUAUCUGGAGUUAUAAGUGGUACAAAGACAGGAAUUAUAAUGUAGUGUCCCAGUCUGUCAGACACACUAUAACAGGAGACACCCUCACCAUCAGUAGAGUUACUGAGUCUGACCAUGUUCUCUGCUGUUGUUGUUGUUAUCUUACCAUUCAAACCUAUUCACAUACAGACUAUCAGCCAAAGACCACACUGACUUCAGACAGAGAGAGUAUAUUCACAGGAGACAGUGUGACACUGAGCUGUACUGUAGAGUCUCCUGGAUGGAAGUUUUACUGGUACAGACACAGACCAGACUCUACACCAGUAACCACAACCUCUGGAUACUCCUACACACUCAGCUGGGUCAGGGUCUCUGAUGGAGGACAGUACUGGUGCAGAGCUGGGAGAGGAGACCCAGUCUACUACACCCUGUACAGUGACCCAGUCCAGAUAAACAUUACUGAGAGGCCUGUUGCUGUUCUGACCCUCCAACCCAACUGGACCCAGAUAUUCAGUGGAGAGACUGUUACUAUGAGAUGUGACAUACAGGGAGGAGGAGACUCUGACUGGAACUACAGAUGGUAUAAGAAUAGUCCGGUAGUGAUCCCCUUUAACACAAAGCCUGAGUACAGAAUCAGUCCUGUCUACUGGUAUAACAGUGGUUCAUAUACCUGUGAGGGUGUAAAGGGAAACAAGUUCUCCAAGACCAGUGAUGCUGUACAACUGACUGUGUCUGAUCAACCUCAACCUGUCCUGAGUAUCUCUCCUCAGUGGCUGAACGCUGGAGACUCAGUGGCUCUGAACUGUGAAGUUGACAAGACGUCUACAGGCUGGAGGUUCUCCUGGUACAGGACUGUUCCCUACAGAGCUGGGUUACCCUCCCUAUCAGACAAGUCUUACUCUCUACAGCCCCUAUCUGACAAUGUGACUAGUGAAGACUCCUACACUCUGAUCUCUGCUGGUCCUACUCCCACAGGAGGAUAUGUGUGUAGAGCUGGGAGAGGAGACCCAGUCUAUGAUACACUCUACAGUGAACCUCAGUUUCUCUGGUCAGGAGAUCUGCAGCCUUCAGUGUCUCUUACAGUAAAUCCCAACACAACUCAACAUUUUACAUCAAAGUCUCUCUCACUGAGCUGUGAGCUGAAGGGGAACUCUACUGGAUGGAGACUGAAGAGACACACAGAGACAGCAUGGCGGUCAGAGUGUCCAUCUACCUGGAGAUCAAUAACAGAAUCCACCUGCACCAUCACAUCAUUGGACACACGGUACAGUGGAGUGUUCUGGUGUGAGUCUGGAUCAGGAGAGAACAGUAAUGCUGUCAACAUCACAGUAAAUGAUGGUGAUGUGAUCCUGGAGAGUCCUGUCCAUCCUGUGACUGAAGGAGACUCUGUGACUCUGACCUGUACAUUUAGACAUCAGGGAACAAAUCCUAAACCCAAGACUGAUUUCUACAAAGAUGGAGUUCUCAUCAAGAAUGAGACCACAGGAGAGAUGACCAUCCCUACAGUAUCCAAGUCAGAUGAAGGAUUCUAUAAGUGUAAAUCUGAUGAAGGAGAAUCACCAGAGAGCUGGGUGACAGUGAGAGCCGUAGCUCCUGGAUCCUCUACAUCAGUCCUAGUAGGAGUGGUUGUGGGUCUGCUUGUUGCUGGUGUUCUACUGGUCAUUCUCCUGGUCCUGCUGGUGAGAUAUCAAAACAGAAAAGGUUCCUGUUUCAACAGAAUAUUCUGGCCCCCUCAGCCCCAGAGCACCAACCAGGACCCCCAACAGGACCAAGGAUCUACCCAGGGUCAGGCUCCUGAUACUGAUCUACAUGAUCAGUCUCUCAGCCCAGACCUCUACCAGUCUCAUCUCUGUGACACUAACAUCUACGACACGAUCAAUUCCUCAGACAACAAUGAUAAUGAUGUUGCUGGUGCUUCUGCUGCUGGACCAAGUCAUGUGACCUACGCCCAGAUUCAACUGAAAAAGUUGGACAAAAAAAAGAAAGAAAAGAGAAAUGAUCCUAAAGACUAUCCAGUCUACUCUGAGGUGAAGACAGGGAAGGCCACAGGAGCAGCAGGACCUGUUGAUGUGACCUAUGCUGAGGUUGAUCUCCAAAAGAAGAACAAAGCCAAGAAGAAGAGAGAAACAGCAACCCCACCUGAGCCAGAAUCUGUCUAUUCUCUAGUGAAGCCAUACACAGCCCCCGGAGCAGCGAGACCUGUUGAUGUGACCUAUGUUGAGGUUGAUCUCCAAAAGAAGGUCAAAACCAAGAAGAAGAGAGGUAAGUCUGGACAUCCCUCCCUCCAUAUUCCCCUUAUCAGAACCUCGUAACUCUUUGACCCCAUAUAUUGAAAAGCUGGAUAUUGUUCUGUAUAUUAUUCUGU